AUGGCGACCAUCACAGAGAGCAUCACAAACGACAUCGUCGCGGCGAAGACGAAGAAACUCUACCCGAUCAGAUCUGUCGGGAUACUCAAAGAGGAAGAAGAACAAGCAGAGGCCAAGAAGAAGGAACAGGAGAAAGUCUCUGUGUCGACAUCGACACUUCCAAACAUCGACAUUCCACUCCCACCACCGACGACCGUCCCGACAGAGGUGCUCGAAAUCGACAGAGAUACUCCCGACCAGCAUGUGCCCCGCGAUCCUCGUCUGAUCAGAUUGACGGGGUCGCAUCCCUUCAAUGUAGAGGCUCCGUUGACGGAUUUGUUCAAUGAAGGUCGCAGACUCGUUGAGAAUCCCCUCGUCCUGACCUUUCAGCAAAUCCUGCAAGAGUUCGACCAGAUCACUGCCCCAGUCACCUUGGUCUGUGCCGGGAACCGGCGCAAAGAGCAGAACCAGGUGCGCAAGUCCAAGGGCUUCUCCUGGGGCGCUGCCGGCGUGUCGACCGCUCUCUUCACGGGUCCCCUUAUGUCCGAUGUCAUACGCAGAGCAAAGCCCCUACGGAAAGCUAGAUAUCUGUGUAUGGAGGGAGCGGAUAAGCUGCCUAACGGGCAUUAUGGCACGUCAGUCAGGCUGAAUUGGGUCAUGGACCCGAACAGAGGAAUUAUGCUGGCCCACAAAAUGAAUGGCGAGCCCCUGCGUCCGGAUCAUGGCCGUCCUCUGCGUGCCGUCGUCCCAGGCCAGAUCGGUGGACGGAGCGUGAAAUGGAUCAAGAAAUUGAUCCUUACCGACAAGCCAAGCGACAACUGGUAUCAUAUUAACGACAACCGAGUUUUGCCAACUGAUCCCGAACUGUCCAGAACAAUGGUCACCCCUGAAAUGGCCAAAGAUCCAAAAUGGUGGCAUGACGAGAGAUACGCCAUUUACGAUCUCAGCGUCAACUCUGCUGCCGCAUAUCCUCAACACAACGAAGAACUACGGCUGUCAUUUGCAGGGCCCACAUAUACCGCAAAGGGCUACGCGUACGGGGGUGGAGGACGACGGAUAACAAGAGUCGAGAUCUCAUUAGAUAAAGGCAGAUCUUGGCGACUGGCAAAUAUUGACUAUCCAGAGGACAAAUACCGCAAUUUCGAGUCGGAUCUGUACGGUGGUCGUGUAGACAUGUGGUGGCGCGAAACGUGUUUCUGCUGGUGUUUCUGGUCCCUGGACAUCCCGGUCGCAGAUCUCGAGCAAAGUGAUGCGAUUCUCGUCCGAGCCAUGGACGAAGCCCUGAACAUCCAACCGCGGGAUAUGUAUUGGUCCGUUCUGGGUAUGAUGAAUAACCCAUGGUUUCGCAUUGCAAUAAUCAAAGAAAACGGGGUUUUGAGAUUCGAGCACCCAACGCAGCCUGCCUCGAUGCCAGGUGGAUGGAUGGAACGAGUCAAGAAAGCUGGAGGUGAUUUGGCCAACGGUCAAUGGGGAGAACGGCCAGACGGAGAUGCAUCAACAAGCGAUCCACGACCGGCGGAGGAAAUUCAGAUGAAAAAAGAAGGACUGAGGAGAAGUAUCGAUAUCAAGGAGCUCAGGAAACACAGCACCGCAGAAGAACCUUGGUUCGUCGUGAAUGGGGAAGUAUACGACGGGACGAAGUUCUUGGAAGCUCAUCCUGGUGGAGCCCAGAGCAUCAUAUCGGCAGCCGGCAUGGAUGCUUCUGAGGAAUUCCUUGCCAUCCACAGCGAGACCGCCAAAGCAAUGAUGCCGGACUACCACAUCGGAACACUCGACCCGGCCUCGAGGGAAAUUCUCAAGAAUGGUUCCGACGAACAGAAAGAAACUGGAGAAGUCUUUCUGCAACCCAGGGUUUGGAAGAAGGCCACGCUCUGCGAGAAAAAAUCAGUCUCGUGGGACACGCGUCUAUUUACCUUCAAGCUCGAACACGAGACUCAGACCCUAGGCCUCCCAACAGGCCAGCAUCUGAUGCUCAAGCUGAAAGACUCCAGCGAAUCGAUUAUCCGAUCUUACACUCCCAUCUCCGAAACGGACAGAAAGGGAACGGUGGAGCUGCUUGUCAAGAUAUAUUUCGACACCCCGACGUCAAAAGGCGGCAAGAUGACCAUGGCUCUUGACAAGAUCCCCAUAGGCUCGACCGUAGAGUUGAAAGGCCCGAUAGGCAAGCUCACGUAUCUUGGAAAAGGUCGCGUCCUGCUGAACGAGAAGGAACGACACGUCAAGUCAUUUCGCAUGAUCUGCGGUGGCAGCGGUAUCACGCCCAUCUUCCAGGUUCUGCGAGCCGUCAUGCAAGAUCCGCAGGAUCCAACUUCUUGCGUCCUUCUCGACAGUAAUCGGUCGGAGGAAGACAUCCUGUGCAGACCGGAGCUUGACGCCUUUGCUGCUGCAAAGAGUUCCAAAUGCAGUAUCGUCUACACGCUGACGAAGCCGUCAAGUAGUUGGACGGGUCGCCGCGGACGCAUCUCAGAACAGCUGCUCAAGGAGUACGCACCUCCCGGCGAAGGAAGCCUGGCUCUCAUUUGCGGACCGGAGGCGAUGGAGAAAUCUGUCCACCGGAUUCUUCUAGCACAAGGAUGGAAUGAAUCGGAUCUUGUUUUCUUCUGA